UACAUGUUACUGGGGUCAGGGACGUUGUUGGCUGGACACGAAUCACGGUCAAUUUCUAGAGCCAAGAACGAUUCAUUCUUUAACUUCUUCAUCUAAUGAAAUUGCAAGUGGAAAUUUAUUAGAAAAAUCUGGAAUGACAGCUUAA